AGGGAGCGAGCGAGAGUCAGGGAGUAAGUGCCUGGGGACCUAAAGGAGUCAGGGCGAGAAAGCGAGGGCCCUUGGAGCCAAGCUUGAGACGGAGUGACCAUGGCUGUCUCCGCACCUCCGGUGAUCUCUGCAACUUCCAGCAGCGCCGGCGUCCCGGGGGGCUUAUUCCGGGCUGAACCCCUGUAUUCGACUCCGGGAGAACCCCCUCGCCUAACCCCUAAUAUGAUCAACAGUUUCAUGGCCAGUAACCACAGCGGCAGUGCUGGGGGAGGCGGAAUUGGUGGUGGCAGCGGUGGCAGCGGCAACACCAACACCAACGAGUGCCGGAUGGUCGACAUGCACGGGGUGAAGGUGGCUUCAUUCCUGAUGGACGGCCAGGAGCUGAUCUGCCUGCCUCAAGUUUUUGAUCUUUUCCUCAAGCACCUGGUGGGAGGGUUGCACACGGUAUACACUAAGUUGAAGAGACUGGACAUAUCCCCCGUGGUGUGUACUGUGGAGCAAGUCCGGAUCCUCCGCGGGCUGGGGGCCAUCCAGCCUGGGGUGAACCGCUGCAAACUCAUCACCAGAAAAGACUUCGAAACUUUGUUCACCGAUUGCACCAAUGCCAGAAGGAAGAGGCAAAUGACAAGAAAACAAGCUGUUAACAGCUCAAGGCCUGGUAGACCUCCUAAGCGUUCUCUGGGAGUGUUGCAAGACAAUGCCCGCCUGCUGCCCCAUGCAGUUCCAGGCCUCUUAUCACCAGGACUUAUAACUCCAACAGGUAUAACAGCUGCAGCAAUGGCUGAGGCAAUGAAACUCCAGAAGAUGAAGCUUAUGGCAAUGAACACUCUUCAGGGAAAUGGGACUGAAUCAGAGCCUGAUGACCUUAAUUCUAACACAGGUGGAAGUGAAUCCUCAUGGGAUAAAGAUAAGAUGCAAUCUCCUCUUGCUGCACCUGGACCUCAGCAUGGAAUUGCUCAUGCAACAUUGGCUGGCCAGCCAGGCAUCGGGGGAACACCUACCCUCAAUCCACUGCAGCAGAACCACCUACUGACCAAUCGUCUGGAUCUCCCAUUUAUGAUGAUGCCUCAUCCCCUACUUCCAGUCAGCUUACCUCCUGCAUCAGUUGCCAUGGCAAUGAAUCAGAUGAAUCAUCUCAAUACUAUUGCCAACAUGGCUGCUGCAGCCCAGAUUCACAGUCCACUCUCCAGAGCUGGUGCCUCUGUUAUAAAGGAGAGGAUCCCAGAGAGUCCUUCUCCUGCUCCAUCUCUUGAAGAAAGUCAUCGACCUGGAAGCCAGACCUCCUCCCACCCCAGCAGCAGUGUGUCCAGUUCUCCUUCUCAGAUGGAUCAUCAUUCAGAAAGAAUGGUUUUGAUGCCCACGAAUAGAGAAGAACUUAUUCUUGAUCAAGACAAUGGACCAACAAUCAAAAAAUUUCAAGGGGAUAAUAAAGAUAUCCAAUUGUCCCAGCACCAUUUGUUGAACACUUUUCUCCACUGGAUUGAGUUGGCACCAUUGUCAAAAAAAAUACUUCACCAUCAAAAAGAGGUACCAGCUCAAAUUCCAAUGAUGAAGUCACCCUUGGACAAGAUCCAGUUGGCUCCUGGACAGGCAUUGCCCCCUGGAUUCCCUGGACCAUUCAUUUUUGCUGAUAGUCUGUCCUCCGUGGAGACUCUGUUGACCAACAUUCAGGUCAACAAUAUUUCUAUAAACAAAAUAAAUGGUCUACUGAAAGUGGCUUUGGAUAACGCUCGCAUCCAGGAGAAGCAGAUUCAGCAAGAAAAGAAGGAGCUGAGAAUUGAGCUCUACAGAGAAAGAGAAAUUCGAGAAAACCUUGAGAGACAGCUUGCAGUUGAACUCCAAAGCAGAACUACAAUGCAAAAGCGUCUGAAAAAGGAGAAAAAAGCAAAGAGAAAACUGCAGGAAGCCUUGGAAUUUGAAUCAAAGCGCAGGGAACAAGUGGAGCAGGCACUUAAGCAAGCUACAGCUAGUGACAGUGGUCUGAGGAUGCUGAAAGAUACUGGAAUUCCAGAUAUUGAAAUAGAAAACAGUGGAACACCUCAUGACAGUGCUGCUAUGCAAGGAGGUAACUAUUACUGUUUAGCAAUGGCACAACAGUUGUAUUCAGCCUGAAAGGUCCUCGCUGGCUUUACAUAAAUGAAGAUGCUUGUGAUUCCAGUGUAUCUCUGAAACUAUCCAACAUGGAGUUAUUUCAAUUGUGUGUAUCCGCAAAGUUUUGUUAACUGAAGCAGCUUUUCUGUGUUACAUUAAGAAAAAAGGAACAUGUGUAUAUUUUAAAAGCAAUGAUGUAAAUUUUGUCCUUGCAUUAGAUUGGCCAAAUUAAGAAUGUGAGCUACAUCCUAUGGCUAAAGUAACUUGACUAUAUUUGAUGCUUUUUUAUGUUCAUUUCUGCUUGGCUUUUUGUCUUUCAAGGAAAAGUUACGGUAGUAUGUUAGAGUCUAGAAACAUAUGUAUGGUUUCUCAGUUCUACCAUGUUAAGUUAAAGUACAUCUUUUGUUAAAAUGUACUUGCUAAACUUCAGCAUAAAUAAAAGCAUUUUGACUUUGUCAAUUAUCACUGAGUUUUUAUUUUCAAAAUUCCAACUGCAGUCAUUAAAAUACAUAGUAGAACCAUUCCAACUCAAAUCUAUGAAAUAUAGAGGUAUUUGCAUAGCUUUAUGUGCUUCUAUUGCCUAUUAUAUGAAUGUACAUAUUAUUUCAUUUUACCUGUUUAAAUUGGCCGCUAUUCUUGUUCUCAAUAACUUUAUUACAGAUUGCCUAUUCCUGGCUAUGUGUACAUACUGAUUCUGCUUCCUGGAUGGAGUCAGAAAAAUAUCAUGAGCAAAGGACUCUGAAAUCUGAAUAUCUAUCAUUUUCAAAAAUGUUCAUCUAGAAACACUUCCAAUGGAAA